AUUAUUUAUACAUAAUAUAAUUUAUGUUAAAGUUUUAUUAAAGCUUAGUUUUCUCUCAAAUGGAUUGUAAGCUCUGUGACCAAGGCCAUGUCUUAAUGUUACUUUUGUUUCUUCUUGAUCUCCACAUGGUACUAGGCCCUCUGUACUUGCUAAUUAGGAAUAAAGCAAAGAAAUAAACAUACCUCUCAGCUGUUCUAUGAAUUUAAAAGUCUGUGCCUGUCAUUAUACUGGGCUAGGAACUUUUUUAGGGCACAGAGCAUAUUGUGUUUAUCUCUGUAUCCACAACAUGUAGCACAGUGUCUGAAUUUUAGUAGGAAUUUGGUAACUCUUGGCAGUUACGUUGACUAAUCUCCUUGGAAGAAAAGAACUUUAUAAACUACAGAUGUUAAUGAGAUCAUAAAUUGACUGGAUCCAUGGGCUUACAUGCAUUUGAAAAGUUACUGUUAUUUGAGUGCAAAAUUGUUUUAAGCUCUGAUAUCUUUCUUCACUCAGACUGUGCGUGUUCCUUUAACUUACUAAGCAAAGAACACCUGUCUCUUUCCCCUUCCCUGCAGGCCGCCAUGGCUGCCGUUGACAGCUUCUACCUCUUGUAUAGGGAAAUCGCCAGGUCCUGCAAUUGCUACGUGGAAGCUCUAGCCUUAGUUGGAGCCUGGUAUACAGCCAGGAAAAGCAUCACGGUAGUCUGUGACUUUUACAGCCUGAUCAGGCUGCAUUUUAUCCCUCGCCUGGUGAGCAGAGCAGAUCUGAUCAAGCAGUAUGGAAGAUGGGCAGUCGUCAGUGGUGCAACAGAUGGAAUUGGAAGGGCCUACGCAGAAGAGUUAGCAAGCCGUGGUCUCAGUAUCAUCCUGAUCAGUCAGAACCAAGAGCAGUUGCAGAUGGUUGCGAAAGACAUCGCUGACACCUACAAAGUAGAAACCGGUGUUAUAGUUGCGGACUUCAGCAAUGGCCGUGAGAUCUAUGACCCGAUUCGAGAAGCCUUGAAAGACAAGGACAUUGGCAUCUUGGUAAAUAAUGUAGGCGUGUUUUAUCCCUACCCCCAGUAUUUUACUCAGGUCUCCGAGGACAAACUCUGGGACAUCAUCAAUGUGAACAUUGCUGCGGCUAGUUUGAUGGUCCACAUAGUGUUACCGGGAAUGGUGGAGAGAAAGAAGGGCGCAAUCGUCACUAUCUCUUCCGGCUCCUGCUGCAAACCAACUCCCCAGCUGGCUGCAUUUUCUGCUUCUAAGGCUUAUUUAGACCACUUCAGCAGAGCAUUGCAGUAUGAGUAUGCUUCUAAAGGAAUCUUUGUACAGAGUCUAAUCCCGUUCUAUGUGGCUACUAACAUGACCACACCCAGCAGCUUCCUGCACAAGUGCCCGUGGGCGGUGCCUUCACCAAAAGUAUAUGCGCAUCAUGCUGUUUCUACCCUUGGCAUUUCAAAAAGGACCACAGGCUACUGGUUCCAUGCUAUCCAGUUUCUCUUUGCACAGUAUAUGCCUGAGUGGCUCUGGGUGUGGGGAGCAAAUAUUCUCCAUCGUUCUUUACGUAAGGAGGCCUUAUCCUGCAAAGCAUGAAACUGGAUGAUGGUUUGGGAAGCUUUGCCAACUCAUGGGAACCUGCAGUAUUCUGACAUUUGGAAGAACACAUUUUAUUUAUCUUCUGUAUCUUCUUUUAUUACUGGUUACUUAGCAUACUGUUGACUCAUCAUUUGCAAGGCAAACAUAAUACUCUUAGAGAAUGUUGUGGUAAAACCUCAAGGGCCACGUGGAUGGGACAGAGUAAAUAGUGGCCGAGACACAAGAACUGAUUGAGGAAACCUGAAUUUCGAUGCUUUCUUUUCCUAAGCUGUUCAAAAGUUGUGUGAUUUAUGUUGUUCUAGGAGCUACGGCAAUCUGAUAUUGAAAUAUACUUAUAAUAUGACUUGUCAGCUCUUAUAAUUUCAGAUGUUUUUUAAGGGAAAUUAUUUCAGUAGAUGAAUUAUAGUAUUGGUUUUCAAAUGUUCAUCAGGAAAGACCGUUUAAAAGUGUUAUUUUAUAAGUAAGAUUGCUGGUAUAAUUAGCAGUA